CAGGUGAGAUGGCGUUGCCGGUCCUCCUGCUGGUGGUGUGUGCAGGAUGGUGGCCGGAGGGCGUGGGUGGUAGCCUCAUCAGGGUCAACCUCACCAUAGCCCUCUCGGACACCACAAAUGUCACCAAGACCGUCGAUAUCGAUGAACGCAGCUUGAAGAGUUUUAACGUGACUCUGGAAGAGUUCUCUAAUUCUCUCGUCCGGACAGAUGCUUUCGGGAAGGUGAAGGAGACAGUGGUGGGCGGUCGACACAUCCCGCUUGAGUUGGCGAUGAACAAUGACAUGGACUCCGUCGUCUACACUUUCGGUACUGUCGAUGGAGGUAGCUGGUCCGUCAGCAACAACAACUUCACUAACAUCACCAUCGAGGAUUUUAGAGAUGACGAGACACUGAGACCAGUGGAGGUGACGCUGGAGUGGUCCCUGCCGCUCCCAGCCCCGCCGCGCCCCGUCAACGUCACCAUGAGGUCUGCCACCCUCGAGGCCACCAUACACCUCCACAACUCCACCCUGGUGUCGCAGAAGGUGGAUGGACACCUGGAGAAGAGCAACUGGGUACUGCUGGUGCCCUACACAGGGAUCUACCUGAGGGUGGUGAACCCCUACACCCGCCUCCUCACCCUCGCCGCCUACUUCAACACUGAAGACUAUUUUGCCGACUUGGAGCUGGUGGAUACCUUAAGAAAUCUCCAGCAUGGCAGGGUGGCCUUAAUAUCGUCUUAUUACGACGCCUCAGGCCGGCUGGAAGCGUCGUCUAAAGCCGCCCUCACAUCUCUCGGGUCCUUCGCCGCCCAACACCUCACCUUCAGGGACUGUUGGGCGUGGGCCUGGCUGGUGGGGGGCUCCACGCUGGCUGAGGGGCUGGUCACCAACGCUCAUGGCACCACCAGUUUCCCACACUCACUAGACCUGCAGCUUGUCCUUCCUCCGCCCCCGCCAUCCUCAGAGCGUCUGUGCGACUCGUGGUCCGAGUUGUGGAGUAAACGACAACACUUUUGUGACGCGUAUGACGGUUACGGCGACCUGUGCUCCUGCUGCACGCCCUUCACCCCGUCCACUAAUACUACCACGGGCGUACCACGCGAGGAGCUGGGAGUGGUAGUGGUCGCAAGCAACAGGCCACGAUACCUCUACAGGUUAUUGCGACAGCUGCUAACACAGGUCGGGGUGGUGGUCGAGCAGGUGUUGGUGUCGGUGGACGGGGAGUGUGUGGAGACCAUCAAGCUGCUGGAGGUGUUGGGUCUCAGGUGGCUGGUGCACGCCCCGGAGGGCUCCUUGUCACCCCGGAUAUCCAGACACGUGAGGUUCGCGCUGUUCCACGCCCUGGAGGAGGUGUCUGCUGACAAGAUCAUCGUGCUGGAGGAAGACCUCAUCCUCGCCCCUGACUUCUUCUCGUAUAUGCAGCAGACGGCCGUAUUGCUUGACCGGGAUCCUUCACUUUACGCCGUGUCCGCCUACUCCCACUUCUCCUACGCCCACACAGCCCACGAUCCCACCCGCCUCAAUCGGGUGCACUCUCUCCCCGCUUACGGCUGGAUGGUCAAGAGGAGUUUCCUGAGGGAGACGCUGCCCAAGUGGCCUCCCGUCUCUGUGACAACUGACUGGGACUAUUGGAUGGGGUGUGGACUGGUGCGACGCGGCCGGGAGCUGGUCAUUCCAGAGGUCUCCCGCACUACUCAUGCUGGACUAUCCGGCACUCACUUCUCUGGACAACUCGCCAAACGACGCUUCUCGAACAAGCCUCUCUCACACGACCCCAACACCCUAGUUAACCUCACAUCUGUGGACAGGAAGGUGUACGAGAGAGAGCUGAGAGACUUGCUGGUCAGGGCCCUGCCUCUGAACAUCACUAACCCAUACAACUUCACUUUCCCUGUCCAUGGCGGAGUGUAUGCUGCUUGUGUCAAGAUGAUGAGCUCCAGCGACAUCGUCGCUUUCAAGGUCCUCGCUGAUGCUUUACAGGUGUGGAACCAGGACUUGAGGGAUCAUCACUAUGGCUUGUGGAGAAUACCCUUCCACCGUGCCAUCAUUCUCAUCAUAGGAAUCCCAUAUUCAAAGUACAGUUACGGCUACAUGAAAGAUCAUUGCCCUGUGUUGAAGGUGAAGAAGAAACACUACGAGCACAUGAUGGAAAACUACUUGGACCAAACCUACCACUUUCUGGAGCACGGGAAUCACGACUACCUGAAUAUAUUGAAGUUCUCACAUGACCAACCUUACCCGGGUUUGGACUCACAGAAGCUCUCCACAGGGCUCUGUGGCGCUGCUGCUGCAGGCGAGGCUACCAGCGCUGAUAAUAUACUUGAAGACCAGCACACAUAUAACAAUGUAUAUGUUGAGGACCCGCACAAUUAUGCCAGUACACCAAUUAGAGAUGUGUCCAAUUAUACUAGUACACCGGCUGGAGAUGAGUCUCAUUAUACCAGUGCACGAGCGGAAGAUCGGUCCAAUUAUACCAGUACGCCAGAUGAUGCGUUUAAUUAUACCAGUGCACUAGCUGAAGACCAGUCCAAUUAUACCAGUGAGCCAGUUGAAAAUGCGUCCAAUUAUACCAGUGAGCCAGUUAAAGAUGCGUCCAAUUAUACCAGUGAGCCAGUUGAAGAUGCGUCCAAUUAUACCAGUGAGCCAGUUGAAGAUGCGUCCAAUUAUACCAGUGAGCCAGUUGAAGAUGCGUCCAAUUAUACCAGUGCAUCUGUUGAAGAUCGACUCAUUUAUACCAGUACGCCAGUUGAUGAUCGUCCCAAAUAUAUCAAAAAGCCAUUUGGAGAGCUGUUCAAUUAUAUCAGUGAACCAAUUGAAGACAAGUCCAAUUAUACUCGCGCACCUGUUGGAGACUCGCCCAGUUAUACCAGACCUCCUGCUGAAGAUUUUUUCAAUUAUACCAACAUAACUUUUGAACACCACUCUAAUUAUACCAACACCAGGACCUCAUUUAAAGACCAGCCAACUUAUGCAGGUAGACCUACACCAGUCAAGAGCAAAUUCAAUUUUACCAGUGCACCAGUUGAAGAGUGAUCCUAUUACACCAAUACUUCAGUUGAAGACUGGGUCAUUUAUGACAAUAGCUCACAUCUUGUUCAAAGUAUAGAUCAACCGGCACUCUUUCUCCCACUCGGUGUGAAGCAGUUAGUAAAACUGCAAGCGGGAACAAGUUAAUAUAUUAGUGUGAACAAUUGGAUAGUGACGAAUCGGGUUAUAUAAUUUUGGACUAAUAAUUAUUGUAAGCGUUUAAGAUCCGAGCAAAAUCUUGGUAUUAAAUAUAAAAAUGCGAAACGUAUAUGAUAAAAUAUUAUAAGAAAUUUAUUGAGAAACCCAACAACUCCAUUUACAGAAGAAGCAAAGGACACAGAUAUUUACCAAAACAGGACAUAUUAAGGUAGAAGUGAUCGCACAAAGCCUAUUACCAGAGUCUAUAUAUAUAUAUAUAUAUAUAUUCCUUCCCUGCCCACCAUUAUAUUCCUAUUCCUUUCGCAAGGUCACUCCUUACUUUCUCUCCUGAGAAUGUAAGGAGUGACCUUGCGAAACGCAUCCCUAGG